AUGCCCGUGACAGAAGACGCUGAAAACCUUCCUCGCCCCGCACCGACGGUUCCCGAGGCGCCGACGUCUCAGCCUGGCGACAGUGGUCGCCAGGCUCCUGUGCUCUCGGCGCAUCCUCCUGUCGCGCCGUCUGUCCCUCUCCCUGCGCCAACUGCUGCGUCUGCUCCGCUUGGCGCUCUUCAAGCUGCCGACCCCGCCGCUCCGUCUGCGGCCGCCGAGCGGGCGAUUGUUGGUGGCAGCGUGCCGGCCCAGUCGGAGGGGUCCGCCACCACUGACGUCCAGGGCCAGCCGGCGCUUCCCGCCUCUCCGGCUCCCCCGUCUGCACCGCCUCCGACGCUGGCGCCUCCUCCGCCUGUGCAGGCGGGAUCUGCUCCUGCACUGCCUGUCGCUGUACCUCCCGCGCCUCCUGUGGUUGCGCCUCCUGCACCGCCUGUGGGCGCUCCUCUCGCGCCGGCUGAAGUUGCUCCCGUUGCUCCGCCUGUUGUUGCACCGCCAGCUCCGCACGUGGCGGGUCCGUCUGCACCGCCCGUGGCCGCUCCCGUUGCACCGCCGGUGGCAAAUCCCUCUGUGCCGCCCGCUCAGCGUCCGCAGUCUCCUGGCCGUCGUCAGCAGCGGCCCCAAUCCCCCGCGCGGCAGGACGAGCACGAGACGUCCCGGCGCCGCCAUAAUUCCCCGCGUCGCCGCGAUCAGCCGGUGACGAUGGCUGACCUGCAGCGCGCGGUAUCUGCUGCUGUGCGUGAGGAGCGGAACGGGCAGGCGAGGCAGAGCAAUUCCCCGCGUGUUGCUCAGACCCCUGUGGCACCUCCUCCAACUGCACAUCCUGCCCAGGCUACCCCUCGUCCUCCUGCGAUUGUUCCUCCCCCUCAUGUUCCCUUGACCGCGGCUGGUGGGCCCGUGACUGCGCAAUAUCCGUCCCUGCUGCCUGUUGAUCCCCCUCCCCCGUCCGCAGGUGCGGCGCACUCGUUCUCGGCCCUGCUGGGGCCUCAGUGCCCGGUCGCGGUUCCGGAGGGCGACUCAUUGGUGGGCGGACCUCGGGACGAUUGUUUCGCGGCGGCUGAUCGCCUCGCCGAGCUGCUAGCGCCUGUGUUGGCUGCACCCGCGCUGGGUGGGCUUGCGGGGGUCGGGCCCCUUGGUUCGGCCGUCCGUGGGCUGCGGCGGUUGUUGCAUGCAGGGACUGGAUCCGGGGCGAUCGCCGCAGGCACGGUGUUGGUGCGUGAGCUGCAUCGCACGCUGUCGGGGCUACUUGCAGUGUUUGACGCGGAUCAGAUGUAG